CAACCAAUCAGCAACAUUGUGGGGGUUCAGGACCAAAGCUAUAUCAGUUCCUGUCUUCGAAAGAACACCACUGAUUAUAGCAUUUCCAGUCUCACUGGAAUUAAGGAACGUUUUGUACAGAGAGAUUCAUAGACAAGCAUCCGUCCGGUAUACGAGUCAAGUUCAAUGGCAGUCAUGGCUCCAAUUUUACACAGUGACUAUAUAGAAAAGGAGCAAUAUGUUCAAAACCCUCACCUGGACAACAUGGAGGAGGACAUCCUCUACCACUUUAACCUGGGCACCAAGACACACAACCUGCCCGCCAUGUUCGGAGACAUCAAAUUCGUGUGUGUGGGAGGCAGUGCCAACAGAAUGAGAUCUUUCGCUCAGUUCAUCCAUCAGCAGCUGGAGCUCCCCGGGAAUGCUGAUGAUAUCAGAGAUAUCUGUGAGGGGACUGACCGCUACUCCAUGUACAAAGCGGGGCCUGUGCUUUCCAUCAGUCAUGGUAUGGGUGUGCCGUCCAUCUCCAUAAUGCUGCACGAACUCAUCAAGCUCCUGUAUCACGCCCACUGCCGUGAUGUUAUGCUGUUUCGCAUCGGCACCUCAGGAGGCAUCGGUCUUCCUCCUGGCACGGUGGUGAUCACUGAUAAAGUGGUGGACUCUUUCUUCAGGCCGCAGUUUGAGCAGGUGGUUCUGGGUAAAGUGAUCACCAGGAGCACUGAGCUGGAUAAAGGCAUGGCAGAAGAGCUCCUGCAGUGUUCCACUGAGCUGUCCAGCUUCCCCACCAUCAUCGGCAACACCAUGUGCACACACGACUUCUAUGAAGGCCAAGGCAGACUGGAUGGUGCCUUGUGCUCAUUCUCCACCGAGGAGAAGCUGGAGUAUCUGAAAAAGGCCCAUGAGGCCGGCAUCAAAAACAUUGAAAUGGAGUCCACCGUCUUUGCUGCCAUGUGUCGCGUCUGCAACCUUAAAGCGGCAGUGAUCUGCGUGACUCUGUUGAACCGGUUGGAGGGGGAUCAGAUCUCCACACCCCACGACGUGCUGCUGGAAUACCAGCAGAGACCUCAGUACCUGGUGGCUCAUUUCAUCAAGAAACACUUGGCACUGAUCUAAACACAUUCAUCUUGAUGUGUCUGACCUCUUAAUUCCAGGUUUUAAAAGGUAUUGCAGAAUUUUCCAACCCGAGUCUCUAUCCACUACCUUUGUAGCGUACGUCUGAUUAUCAAGGACAAUCAUUCGCACAUGUUCCGAGAAAAUAACAGUACACCGGCUCACUUGAAAACUCACUAAAUGCGGUUAAUAAACCGUUAAGGACGUGUGAUGAAAUACUGAUUAAAAACUACAACAGCCUUCAUACAUCGUAGGACAUGAGAAAAUCGUACCAAAGCUGUUUUGAUGACAGACAGACAGACAAAUAAACAAAUAAAUCAACAUACAGACAGGCAAAUAAAUAAAUAAACAGACUGACAAAUCAAUAAAUAAACAGACAGAAAAACAAAUAAAAAACAUAUACAUUUUGAGAUGAUCAUAGCAAAGCUGUUUUGAAAACGAACAGACACACAAAUAAACAAACAAACAAAAAAAACAAAUAAAUAGAUGAAUAAAUAAAUACAUUUUGAGUAAAUGUUACCGAAGCUGUUCUAUAACAGACAGACAGACUAACCAACUAAUUAACAAAUACAUUUUGAGAUAAUCAUGCCAACGCUGUAUUUUAUUAACAAAAAGGCAAACAAAUAAACAAAAAAAAAAACAACAACAACAAACACAUAGACAGAUAAAUAGAUGAAUGAAUGAAUGAAGGAAUAAAAUGAAUACUUUUCUUUGUAGUUAAUCUUACCAAAGCUUUUUUAUAACAGGCAGACAGGCAAACAAAGAAAUAAACAAAGCAAUAAUCUUUGGCUAUAAAAUUCUGAUUUAAAAUUCUGAUAGUCAUCUUCUAAUGAUAAAGGUUUUAGGAAUAUAUAAUGAAUUUAGGACUAAAAAAAAUACAAAUAAUAUUAUACAAAUAACGCAAGAGUUCAUCUCUUUGAAAAAGCAGUCCCACCCUGAAAAGACUGAACGAACAGCUUGUGAUUUAGAGCCUAAUUUACAAAUACUGUGAUUGAAGUUAUAAAAGUGUUUCUCAAAAAUACACACCUGAUAUAAUUGUUCAGUGCUGUACAUGAAGACAUGUCCUCUGUCGUAAUCACACACACGCUACAGGUGCAGUCGAUAAAGAUCGAGGUGGAAAACCGUGGAAUACUUCUUUAAAUUCACGAACGCAGCUUUUGGGUAAGAAGAAGUGCGAUGUGGUAGAUUAAACACGUUUCAUUCAGAAACACAUUUAUAUUGUCCUAAAGUCAAAAAGAAAUCAACAGCUACAAAUGCCUGUUUAUAACGUUUAUAAGAAGCAUACGUCAGUGCUGUGUUCUGACUUCUGUACAUAUGUGUACAUGUUGUAGAUAUGUUAAAUACUAUAUAUGUAUUUUUACUUAACACAGUAGCUGACUUUGACUCUUAAUGCUUUUGAAUUUCCUCGACGUGCUGAACGUCUUUUCAAAAUUGCAGAAAUCAAAUGUAUGUGAUAAAUUUAUUUGUAUUAAACUGAUUCAGUUAUUUAUACAUGAAUAAACUCACGAUUGAAAAUA